UUUCGAUAAACAAAAAAUUUAAAAAAUUUAAAAUACAAUUUAUUCAAAAUAUUAGUUAAAAAUAUACAAUAACUCAUGCGACAACUUUCACACUUGUGAAUGUAAUAAAUUGUUUGGUAAAUUUGGUGACAAGGCAAUUAAAUUUAUAUGGAAGACUUAGAUUUUAUACUUGCUUUGCAACUGAGCGAUUCUUUUCUACAAGAACCCUUUAAAAAUAACGAAAAACCUUUAUCAAUUGUCGAUCCAGCAUGGGAACUUAUCGACCCCAUACCAGAUAUACGAGAUCUUUUUGUACAGUUUGACUCUUCAUUUUUCGAGGGAAAAUUGGCUGGCGUUGAAGUGAAAUGGAGCUCAAGAAUGACUUUGUGUGCAGGACUGUGUUGUUAUGAAAGAAAAGGUGGCCUUUGCAGUAUUAAAUUAAGUCAACCGUUAUUAAAACUUAGACCUCGCAAAGACCUUGUUGAAACUCUGCUUCACGAAAUGAUCCAUGCACUUCUCUUUGUUACCGAUAACAACAAAGAUCAUGAUGGGCAUGGAGAUGAGUUUCACAAGCACAUGUAUCGCAUUAAUAAACAGACAGGAACAAAGAUAUCUGUUUAUCACACUUUUCAUGAUGAGGUUAACAACUACAGACAACACUGGUGGAAAUGCGAUGGUCCUUGUAAUAAGCGCCCACCAUAUUUUGGGGUAGUACGUCGUGCAAUGAAUAGGGCGCCUUCUACUCGAGACACAUGGUGGACGGAGCACGCAACCAAGUGUGGUGGCUCGUUUAUAAAGAUUAAAGAGCCAGAUAGUUAUACAAAAGGAAAAAGUAAAAAAGAAAAAAUGAAAAAAUCAAUUGACUUGAGUAAUCAAGAGAACAUUGAAGCGAAGAACAACAAAUUAUAUGACUGGCUUUCAACCUCAAAUAAUACAUCAAACAAUCUCUCUAAAAGAAAAAUUUCAUUCAGUGCGAAUAGUUCGUUAAAAGAUUUAAAAAUAAAAAAAACUAAUUCUCUUCAACAAACAGAUAAGAAAGCCAAAUUGCUUCCAACGUCUGAUGUAAGUGCUUUUGCAAAAGUUCCUAUUCAGCAUACAAUUUUUAGUGGCAAAGGUUAUACGAUUUCUUCAUUAGAUGAUGUUAAGGUAGCUAACAAACAGACAUUUCUAGAUACCUUGGAAUCAAAGAUGAAAGCAAAUUCACAGCAAAAAAAUAAAAUUAGCAAUAUCUCUGAACUUGGAACAAAUAAAGAUAUUAUACUGAUAGAUAAUGAUGAAAUGCUAGUCGAAUGUCCUGCUUGCCCUGCAAAAUUACCUGAACAUUUAUUGAAUGCUCAUUUGGAUAUUUGUCUUAAAAUCGACUGAAAGUACAAUUCUAAAUAGUUAUAAUUUUAAUAAAAAAAUCUUUAUUUUUUGAAAAUAGUUCAUAGAAACUUUUACUUGUA